AUCAGAGCUGCAUCACCUUCACCGCCUCCCGCACCGUGUGCCCAUUAUUUCUCCACUACUUUCGGACUUUCCCCGUGACUUGACCGCGUGGCAGUGGUUCCUUGCCGGCUUGUUGGCUGUCCCGAUCGCUCCCCUCCGCCCACCACCCCCCACCACCACUACGAAGCCCGCAAUAAUAAAUCAACUCUAAUAAACAACACCCAGCAAUUAACGGAUAGAUAUCUACGUCCACUUCUCCGUUAUCUUGCACAGCCGUCGGAACUGCCCGUUGCCGUCUCCUUGACUGGCGCACUUAACUCUAUCAGUCGCCCCUAUAAUCCACCAAAAAAAUGGCAGAUCCAGCCUCACCCCCAUCCUUCGACGCCAUCUUCGCCCAGCAACCAGUCCGUCGCUCCUCCUCCACAUCCACAUCCUCCUUUGCCAACUACACCUACUCAGCACUGCAGCAACACCAGCAGUUCAACUCGGACGCUCCUCUUGUCGACGAACCGCAAUCCUUGUCAGAGCAAACUCGAAAGCAGCAGAGAGAUCCAAGCAAGGACAGCAGUAAUAAGCGAUAUUUAGAUAUGAUGUCUGGACUUGCGGAUGGUUACGGUGUGAUCAACGGAAGAAGACAAGAGUCAUUGAGAAAGGAGUCUCUGCCGUUCAAUCCACAAGAAGAUUCGACGCUCAUCGCGACAGCGCCGAAGCGAGGUGAGAGAAACGGAUUGGGACGUAAUGGAUACUCUUCACCUAUAGGCGACAUCAUGUUUGGGCCAGAACAAAUAAUUCGUAAUCAGCCUCAGCGACCUUCACAACAGCCAUCAUGGGGAGAAGGCAGGAUAUCUGAACAAUCAGUCCACUAUGCCAGCGUUCAACAGCCGCAAUAUAGUUCUUUCCAGUCCUCUGGACCCGGCGCAGGCUCGACCGGAAUGGAUUAUUUGCCGCCUGGAACAGCAAGUUCAAUGAAUGACACAAUGCUCUCUAAUCAAGUUUCUCCGUAUCUUAGUCAUGACGCUGCAAGUGAGGGCCGGCCACAACAACAACAGCAGCAACAGCAAGGAGAAUGGGGACAAGAGUUCAUUGGAGUGGAGCAACAGCAGCAGUAUGCUCAAGGAGAGGGUCAAUCAAAUGGGAUGGAGGAUAUGUUGACGAUGGGGGAUGAAAGUCCCUUUGAAAACGAAUUACAAAGAGUAAUAUCGAACACCUCCCACCCUUCGCAGUAUCCUUCGAGAACAACUUCACCUUUUCCUCAACAAUCACAGUCCAAUAUAGUCCCGACUUCGACAGGUAACCAUGUGCGGACAGAAUCUUUUCCUGCUUCACGAUCGCCAAGCCCGUUUCCACCUCAACAGGCAUCGCAAACAGAAGCGCCCAAUCAUGUCGUUUCACCUCCAAGCAUGGGGCAGCCCACUUAUCCUCGUGCAUCCUCUUCACCACGUACCAACCCUAACUCUCCAUUUUUCAACAAACCGCAAUCGCCUCCAGCUCUCAUCAUUCCCAAUUCUCCUGUUCUCCCCAGUAUUGUGACUCAAUCCACAUCAAACAAUCACUCCAAAGGAUUGAAUCAGUCGCACACAAGACAUGCUAAUAAUGGCGCUGGAGGAUUAUUUCCGCCGUCAAAUCCAGCAUUAGAACAUUUGACUGGCAUGGCGGGUAUCAGCCCUAUUGCACCCAAUGCAGAUGGACCGAUGAUCUGUAUCCAACCCAGUACACCGAUAAGUGGAUUGAAGGAAGGCAGAGGCCUAUUUGAUGCUGCUCUUCGUCGGGCUGGAGGUGCUCAGAGACAAGGACCGCAAGGACAAGGAGAAAGUCAACAGGAUCAGCAGCAAGACGGUUUCAACGUUCCACCUCCACAAUCGCACCCUUUACCACGGACAUCAUCUUCAGAUCAGAUCAAUCAGGAUGUAGAAAUGCAAGGCAUGGAUUUUGCGGCGCAGAUGCAGUCAUACGAACAACAAGGCUGGGCUAGCGAUACCUUGCGAAUAGCAGGACCGAGUCGCCCACGAGCCAAAUCUGAUUCCAUCAUACCAUCUCCUACGGCUGAUUCAUUUGAUCGACAAGCGUUCCUCGCUUUCAUCGGCGCAGGUAAUGCUCAACCGCCCCCUUCGAAUGUUGAGAUGCAGCCUGGAUAUGUUGAUGUCUCAGAGCAAUGGCGCAAUACUGUGAGCGCAUGGAAGGCCGGCCUGGGAGGAGGCGAGCUCAGCAGCCAGCCUACGCUUGAUCCGAGAUUAUUGCCAGGAAGAGAGAGCAAUGAAGCGGUGUAUCAGCAGCUGCUCAUGCAGCAGCAGACUGGACAGUUGCCUAGACUCGAUCCCGACCAAUUGCAUCAGCUCACUCAAAUAGAGGCUCAACGCGCUCGCUUCUCUCUGAACACGAACGUAGCUCCUCCCAAGUAUGAACCUGGCGAGUUCUCACCGACAUCUAUGGCAUUCUAUCAAUCGAUGGGGCUAUAUCCUCAUGCAACUCCUGAAAUGUCCGGUACUGUAUCAGCCCCAUGGUCACAGACUGCAUUCGGUCAGGUUCCUGGACCGGGCCUGGUUGGUCACCCCGCGACAGCAGGACCCGCACAGCAACAUUUCCUUACUCCCACUCUGUCUCAUGCAACCGUUCGCCGUCGCUCAUUUGGCGGUGGGGAACACCCUGCUAUGGGGGCAGGAACACCUGGAUACGGUAUGGAGUUUAGUUCGCCAUUCAUGGGUAAAUCGGUUGGUCAAAUUAGGGGCGUGAAUAUGGGACAUAGGCGAGCUGCGAGGAGCGAAGAUUUUGGAAGAGGUGGUACAGGGUGGGGAGUGGGAGCUGGUGGCUCAACCGCCGAGUUCUUGCAAAGUAUUACAGGCGACGAUGGUUCAUUGCUUCCCCCCUCCAAUCGAGGUCAUGCAAUGUCCCACUCUCGGCAUUCAUCAACAUCUUCAAUACGCUCCGCAUCACCCGCUUUAUCUAUAUCUUCUCAAGGCUCAUCCUUCUCUCACCAUUCACCACGCAUGGACAUGCCAGACAGUAUGUACCCUGGUCAUCCAAUCAUCGCACCAGCUACGCCACUUCAAGUUUCUGGACUGUAUGAAGAGCAGCAGGCGCCAGCGAGAGUGGCAAAGAUGAAGGUCACCAGUGUAGCGACAGAGGUGGCCAGCACGAGUCGAAGGACGAAUAGUGGGAUCUUCAAAUGUCCGGUGCCUGGAUGCGGAAGUACGUUUACAAGGCAUUUUAAUCUCAAGGGACAUCUGAGAUCGCACAACGAUGAACGGCCGUUUAAGUGUCUUUACGAAGGUUGCCCCAAAGCUAUCGUCGGUUUCGCCAGACAACAUGAUUGUAAACGACACAUGCUUCUGCAUGAGGGUUUGCGACUAUUUGAAUGUGAAGGAUGUGGAAAGAAGUUUGCUCGUCUUGACGCUUUGACCCGACAUCAUAAAUCUGAACAAGGUCAAGAAUGUGCUAUCACACACCCAUUACCUACCAAUUUUGAUGGCUCACCUAUGUCUGAGUCUCAAUACAAGACGUACAAGGGCAUCAAGUCUACUCCCGAAGGUAGCGGCAGACGGCAAAGCUCAACAGCAAGUGGUAGUGGCAGUGGGAGCGGCAAAAAGCGGUCGAAGAAGAGUGAAACGAGUGAAGAGGAUUAAUCGCCCGAGAGUCAUAGCGCGCUGUGGAUUGAGAAUAAAAUUGGACAUUUCCUUUCUUGCCAUUCGUAUGGUCGCCAGGAUACAAGACGUUGUGAUCUUUAGCUUUUGUUUAUCUAGAUUUACUGUACCAAUAACAAGACUCUAUGUACCAAAAAGCUGCUUUUUGAUUAGAACGAAUCGACGUUCUUUUUUGGCGUCAUCAUGCAUAUGC